CAACAUCGCCGCUCCGGUUUAGUGUUGAGUGAACCUUCGGUUUUGAAAGUGCUGCUUUACGGAAUAUGAAGUCGUUUAAAAUUAUUUUGCCGAUUUUGGCCCUACUUCUGUUAGUACAGGCCAAGACGAUCAAACUCGAUGAACUAGGACAAAUCGAGACAAAAAUCAUCGCUGUUAAAAACAUAGCAAUUUUCCAAGCCAACAAUCCAGAGGCAAACAUCAUUCCGCUGGAUGACGUCCGGCAGGCAUUCAUCUACAGACUUGGAGCCCGUCAUGCAGGUGACCGUCUGGUGGCUACCAACGGGCAAAACAUCACUUGGCCAACGCUCCGUGAUGUCACGCUAACACUGGACUAUCCGAAAAACGGCGUCGGAGCCUAUGUUACUUAUCUGCAGAUAAACGUUGUUCAGUCGUCCAGCCUCGGUAAGGCGUACAUAGUUCGUGGUGGCAUCGGGCAGCGCUUUGUGUCUGUAAUUGUCGAGGCAUACAGUACCUCGUUUUUCAACUACACCGCCAUGAUCUACGGUAUUUAGGCAGUUUGAGUGUUUAAAUAUUACUUUAUCACUUGUGGAAAGCCCAUGACAGAAACUCAGAAGUUGUCAAUAAAUAAAUUCUUUAGGUUGCAAAAUUUUAAAA